AUGGAACAACUCGAAGGGGGAUACAUCGGAAUAAUACGGAAAAAUCCAUACACAGAGGGUGAGAGUAUACUUCGAGUACGAAUAGGUGAGGGGUAUGUGUUGAGUAAACGGAAAAACUCAAACGUUGUUAUUGAUAUAGAAAGUGUGUGGGUAUGUGUUGCGGAUGAAAGGUCUGCGUUGCUGAGUGGGGAUGGGCAGGUGUAUGUGAAUGGUGUCGACCGAAAAAACUCGACGCGGAUUUUCAAUAACGACAUUUUCACGAUUGAGACGUUCUCCUUCCAAUUUGUGUUAACCACAACCGAUUUCGUCCCACCAAAAAUUACACACGCCGAUCUUCUGUUGUUCGACUUAAAACGGUGUUUCCCAACAGAACAAUGGUUGGACAAUGUCGAUCUCAACAAUAUUGCUUCUUCACUCCUUGCAUGUUGUAAAGAAAGACCCUCUUCGAUAAAAGUCGCGCAACACUUCUUAACAAACAUGUUCUCCGUCGUCGAUUUCACAGAACUUCAAAAGUGUAAAGACGCGAUAAAGCCGCCUUCUCCAGUGCCUCAAAAACAAAGAUCCUCUUCAUACGAAAAGACCAAUUCUCUAUCAAGUGCGUCCCUCUCGAAAACGUCGAAAGAAUCAAAUUUAAAGGACGCAAAAAAACCGACAAAACACAGAGAGAAAACUGAGAAGAAACACCACAAAAAGACGGUCAAAUCAAAAGGCAUCGUGUUUAAAGAUAUCUUCGUUAACCAAAAACUCAAAAAGCAGAAGUCCCUCCCCGAGCAAUUUGCACAAACGCUCGAGACGUUGUCCAAGGCGUCUCCGCUCAUCCGAACCACAAAAAUCCCUAUUAUACCGAAGAUACCAAGCAAAGUGGACAACAACUCAAUUGGAGAGGCAAAAGUCGAUGACAUUGACAUAUCUGAAAUUCUCGCUGAAAUAAAAGAUUUGUAA